AUGCUGAGCUCAUUCGUACAAAAAGCACAGUCUUUCAUCGAUCAGUCACCCUUAAAUCCCGGUAGUGACCACCGCCCCUCCAAAGCCGCCCUCUUCCGCGAGCAGUUCAGAUUACCGCCAUCUCAAAAUCCCCUCGCCGAGACUGCUGCAGAGCUAUACCUUCCGCUUCCCACCUCGACGUCUGGUGCUCCCACGUCCGGCGAUAAGGCUAGAGACAAUAAUGGCAACAGAUAUCUAGGAGAACUGCAUCUGAGCGAGAGCUUCCUCUGCUUCUCAACCCUCCGCACCUCCUUCCUUCCCACCUCUAGCCACAGUUCAUCGACGAACUUCACAGGUCCGACCAAUGGUGCCGGUCCCGGAGGACUGGGAUUUACACUGCCGCUAUGCAGUAUAAGACGAGUCGAGAGACUCAACAGUCAUCAUGACAAGUUCUCGCUCGCACUCACCACCUUUGAGGCUGCCCAGAAGCAGCCAAUGGAGAAGAGCAUUGGUGCACCACCAACCAGAAAACUCAUAAUUACCCUGGACGGAAGUCGGGCUUCCUGCGAGCGCUUCUGUGACGGUCUCAAAAAGGGAUUGAGGGAAGGCAUGAAAGAGGUUGAUGCUCUGAAGACAGUUGCCAGGUCCUGCUACUCGGAGUACCUCCUUGACCCUGUCCGUAUCAAGGCCAAGGAGUCCGGUGACAAAGGUCCCGAUCCGCCUGAUGCCGGUCUCGGAAUGGUCUUCAGGUAUCCAGGCGAUGCCCGGAAGCUGCGAGACAGAAGCAAAAUGCGCUUGUGGGGCGAGUAUAUGCGUGAGAACGGCCGCAACGCCAGUCUCGUUCGGCAGCCAACCUUUUCCAAAUUGAUAAGGGUUGGCUUACCCAACCGUCUACGGGGUGAGAUGUGGGAAGUCUGUUCAGGCGCAUUUUAUACCCGCCUACGCAAUCCCCAACUGUACAACAAAACGCUCGACAAGUUUGUGGGCAAGGAAUCGCUUGCUAUCGAUGAGAUUGAGAAGGAUCUCAACCGAAGCCUGCCAGAAUAUCCUGGCUUUCAGAGCGAGGAAGGGAUUGAGAGGUUACGUCGAGUUCUGACAGCGUACAGUUGGACCAACGAAGAGGUUGGCUAUUGCCAAGCCAUGAACAUUGUCGCUGCGGCCUUGCUCAUUUUCGCUUCUGAAGAGCAGGCAUUCUAUCUCUUAGGUGCUCUGUGUGAUCGCCUACUGCCCGGAUACUACUCCAAGGACAUGUACGGCACUCUUCUGGAUCAGAAGGUAUUUGAAGGCCUGGUUGAGAAGACAAUGCCUGUCCUGUGGGAGCACCUGGUCAAGUCUGAUGUCAACCUCUCCGUGGUCUCGUUACCGUGGUUCCUGUCUCUAUAUGUCAACUCCAUGCCCUUGGUCUUCGCUUUCCGGGUCCUGGACGUGUUCUUUCUGGAAGGGCCCAAGGUGUUGUUUCAGGUCGGUCUGGCAAUCCUGCGCAUUAAUGGUGAGGAGUUACUGGACGUUUCCGACGACGGCUCGUUCAUCUCUAUCCUCAAAACAUACUUCUCCCGAUUAGACGAAUCAGCGCAUCCAGAUUCACAGAAUGAGAAGCUGCGAGCGAUUACCAAAUUUCAGGAACUAAUGGUCACGGCCUUCAAAGAGUUUUCUGGCAUCACUCAUGCCACCAUUGCCGACCUCCGAGCCAAGCAUAUAGACAAUGUCAAGGAAGGGUUGGCUACCUUUGCCAAGAGAACGUCCAUCCGAAACCUGGGACCCGAAAGCAAGAAACUCAGCGCAGAUGACCUGAGCGUGCUCUACGACCGCUUCUUCAACGUUUUACAAGAACGCCAAGCAAGGCAGAAAGAGAGGGAAGCGCUGCGUCAAAAACAAGAACAGCAAAAGCUAAGGCCAAGUCUGUGGACGCAGCGGUCGGCCGACAAUCGAGACGCUCCUACGAGAAAUGAGUCGCCGCUACAGACCAUGGACUACGAUGCCUUUAGAGAAUUCCUUGCCCGGACAGCCAGAUGGGCGAGAACAGACUCCCCGACUUCCACAGCCAAAGAUAUGUCCAGUUCAAAUACGUCUCAGCGGAAUAGAAGCAAAUCGAUCUCUCCCUGGGGUGAUAGUCCGGAACCUGCGGACCAUGACUUCUUGCAGCGGCUCUACGGCAAGUGGGAUGCAUCACAUGAGGGCCAACUGACUCUACAACAUAUUGUGAACGGCCUCGCUCGACUAAAGGGCACGACUGAUAUCAUGAACUCCAUGAGCAUGUUCUUUGAUCUUUAUGACGAAGAAGGCAAUGGUAAGGUGGAUCGAGAGGGCAUUCUACGAAUGUCAGAAUCUCUACUCUUCCUUUCGAGGCGUGGCUUUGACGGUGCGAUUACGCCCAGCGAGUCCUUGAAUGGCGCGGCAGCUUCUUCACCUCUUGAAUCCAACGGCGUGAAGCUCUCAAUCAAUGAGAGGUUCCUCGGCAGCGUCAGUGCCUUCAUUCGCCGUUGCUUCGAAUACGCUGACCCCGACCAACCCGAGACCGACACCUCCGAAGCCGCAUCCAAACUGGAUUCAUUUGCCAUUGGCGACGACGAUGAUGGAGACGAACAAGAAGAAAAUCUUCUUGAUCUUACCGAAAGCAAGUCUCACAGCAAAUCACCUGUCCGGUCUAAGCCUGCAUCCACUGAUCCCUUGUCCGAAUCGACCCCUCCAACGACUCCGUCUGCUGCUGGCAAAUCCAGCGCCAGCAAUCGUGCUGCUUCCCACAAUCUCGCACUCGACCCUACCAAGCCACUGCACAUCACGCUUCCCACAUUCCGAAUGGUCAUUCUAGCCGAUGAGCUUCUCGAGCAGUUCUUCGAGACCUUCUUUCCCCAGUCCUUCAAACUUGCAGAACUUACUGCAAACGCUUCUACCACCUCACUUCCCACCCCAACUAACACGCUGUCCGGCAAUUUGACAACCUUCACCAACCUCGGCACUCCUGUCAAGAACCUCAUCGGCGCUACCUCCAACAAGACCGUCGUGGACGUGGGUUCCGUGGGCGGUAUCGUCGAGCCAGGAAGUCGUGGCUUGCGCGGCGUGCUAGACAAUAUCGUCAAUGACGGCAUGCGCAUGGCGACUGAAAUGCGGAAACGCAUGGACGACGCGCAGCGCGAGUUCGAGAUGAACGCCCGCGCUCAAGGACAGCGUUACCGCGAUGACGACGAGGAUGACGAGGACGAGGACGAGAAGGGCGGUAGACGUGACCAGGAUCUAUUGGAGGGCGCGGAGGUGCAGAGUCUGAGGCAACCGACUAGAGACGAUAGCGCAUUAGGCGGAGGUGUCCAGACGAGGCAGAGGGACGGUAGUGCCGGCGAAGUGAGUCUGCUGGAUGUUGAGGGCGCGGAUAAGAAGGUGGAGUUUGAGAGUCGAUGA